AUGGAGGAUUUAUAUACUAAACCUUAUUCUAAAACUGAAACUAUAUCAACAACACUCUCAGCUUCAAAAACUUAUGAUACGUACCUCAAUUUGAUAUAUGGGCCAAAAAGUGAAAGUGAUAAUGAAGAAAUAGAAGACUCAGAUAGUUUAACAAGUGAAGGAGAUGAAAUUCUAUCUGGUGCUCCUAUAGACAAAAAAAAUGCCAGGAAAGAAAAUUCUGAAAAGGAUAUAGGUGAUUUCAAUAAUAUUGAAUAUUUACCAGCUGCCGAUACUACUGGUCUUCUUAAAAAAGUUUGG